GGUCACCGCGUCCGCGGACAGCACCGCAAGGGUGUACGACGUGAUGACGGGCUCCUGCAUAGCGAUCCUGAUCGGCCACGAGGGCGAGAUCUCGAAGGUGCAGUUCAGCCCCAACGGCGCCAAGAUCAUCACGGCCUCCAGCGACAGGACGUGCCGGCUCUGGGCGGUGGAGACUGGCGAGUGCCUGCAGGUGCUCGAGGGCCACAGCGACGAGAUCUUCUCCUGCGCCUUCAACUACGAGGGCGACACCAUCAUCACUGGCUCAAAGGAUAACACUUGCCGCAUAUGGAAGGACAACUCUAACGAUUUGAUGGACGACGAUGAGCAAGACAGCUAAUACUUGUGGAAGGAGGCAAACGGUACAGUUCAUGUGGUGUGAGCUUCUCUAUCUGCGUUGCAUGUUUUCAAUUCCUGUAGUCUGCAACUGUGCAUUCCUUGCCUGGUCUUAGUGUGUCCUGUGACCUCCUUUUCUUUGCCUCCUCUUCUUUCUCUUUCUCUCACUCCGCCUCCCUUUCUUCACUCUCCUGGAACCCCUCCCUCCCUCACCCCCUCUCUGCUCAUCCCCCCCCCUUUCAUGCUGUGGCUCGGCCGGCGGCGGCCGCUGCUGGACCCCUGGCGGCCGCGGCGCGGGGCGCCAGCCCCCUGGAUGCAAA